UGUCUUAUCGCUCGAGAUCUUAUACCACUAGAUACGCAAUGAGUGUAUGUCAAGUGGUGUGUGUAAAGCGUAACAACUUAGAGGAGAUUACUCGGUUACUCGUACACACGGUAGUGUGGGGUAUAGUUGGGCAUGAUCCAUAGGUAUAUAAUAUAGAUUAUUGUAUUUUGCCAUCAAGACAUCACUGCUAGAUGUUGUUACGCCGCUCGUAAUGCUAUUGUUAUACACAGUUCUUCACUAUUAGACAGUUGUAGUCUAUGGCCGCGAAGCGUUAUCAAUAGUUGAUUUUGCCAUGGCAACAACAGCAGUGAGCGAUGAAACUAUGCACAUAGGUAAUUUUAUUGUGACAACGAUAGGCGUCUAAGAUAAUAUGGCUUAUAAUAUAAUAUAAUAUUAUUAUCAAAUACGUUUGUGCUGUUUUCACUCGUCUUUCUUUUCUCACUAUCGGUCGCCACAUUUAAUACAGGCAAAUCACGUUUUCGACGACGCAACUGCAGCGAGCGCAUAUAGUGUCGUUGUGCGUAUUUAUAACAUAGUUAUAUACAUUAUAUUUGUUAUAUAUAUAGUCACGAAACUAAACUAAACGUUUUAUAUUAUAUUGGUCUCGUGAUGUCUAACCACAUGGACGACGGAGAGUUUGAAGAAUCUAUGCGCAAAGUCAAUCUCAUAGGUGGCAUUAUUAAGGAUUUGAGUUCUCAGAAUGAAGCCAAGUCCAAAGUAGGCAUGCUCAGAGCAGAAGAGCUGCUGGGUGACGGUGAAAAAAUUUGGGACGAGAGUACACUGAAAACUGUGCAAAACGGUACGUCAAUAAACCGUAAGGCUUUUGAAGACCUUGGCAAGCCCAAAGAUGAAAUACCUUCAGAUGCUGCCGGAUUUAUGGCACACGUGGAAAGAGACGCAAAACAGAGGUCUGAAUCUAAGAAAAAGGAAAUAAAACGUUCAGACUAUUUGAAAACGAUGGGCAACUGUGAGUACCGCAAGGGGAACUAUGAAAAAGCUCUUAUCUACUACAAUCAAGCCAUCGACGUGCGUAAAGACAGCUGUGUGCUGUUCACCAACCGGGCUCUGACCAAGAUCAAUUUGGGUCUGAUAAAUGAAGUCGUUAGUGAUUGCGAUCGAGCUUUGCGCCUCAACGAUCGAUCACUGAACGCAGUCCUUUACAAGGCCGAAGCAUUAUGGGGGCUGGGCGAUACCAGAGCUGCCGAGGAAUUGCUAGAGACCGCCCUCAAAACCCACCCCGAUCAGACGAAACGCAUACAAGACUACCAAAAUAAACUGAGCUGCAGUCGUUAAUGCCUAUGCUGUAAAUCCUUCACCACCUUCAUGCACAAAUGCAGCGAGUAUACCAUGUAUGAUAUACGUUUUUGGAGUUUUCGAGAGUCUUUGCGGAAACUAUCACGUUACACAUUAUAUAAUAAUAUACAAUAAAUAUUACAAUUGUCG